UGCCAGGAAGUAUGGCUCCGCUCAAGAAGCCUCAGAAUACCGCAAGGUUGCCCUUGGCUUUAAAGCCCCUGAAGAGCAAGAACGUGUUGGCAGUGCUGGCUGAGAGGACCCAGUCUGUAUUACCGGUUGGGGCAUGGGUGGAACCUGCCUCGGCAGAUAGUUCGGAAAUCCCAGCAUAUACUUCAGCAUAUAUUAUUGAAGAAGAACUAAAAGAACAGUUAAGAAAAAAACAAGAAGCUUUGAAAUGUUUUCAGAGACAAGUCAAACUCCGAGUAAAUCACCAGAUGAGGCUGAGGAAAAAGCAACAGCUUCAGAAGUCUUAUGAAGCAGUAAGUUCAAAAGCAGAAAAAGAAGGCUUUAUAGCCAUGCAGUCUUCAGAUCCAGCAUUCUUAACUACUAAAAGGAGAAGUGUUUUCCCAUACAAUUUGAAUGGUGCUAUUGGAAUUUCUAGGUUGCCCCCUUCCCAGAUGAUUGAGAAUGAAGUAGAAGAUGGAGAGAAUCAGAAUGAAUUAUUCCAAAAACAAGCUGAGGCUCUUAGUCAGACUAUGAGACAGGCACGUCACCGGCUGGCAUCCUUUAAAACUGUGAGGGAAGAAAAGGCAUCAGUGUUUCCAGAUGAUGGAAAGAAAAGCUUUCCCACCCAAGAGGAAUCUGACUAUGAGGAAUUGUCAUCUGUUAUGACAUAUGGGAAAGAGAGAGAAGAUUUGUUUGGGAGUAACCAGCAGGGUAUUCUUUCAGAAGACAAAGACAAGCCUUUUAGUAGAGUUCAGAAAGUAACAUUCAAAAAUCCAUUAUUUGUUGUGAUGGACAAGGAAGACCACAAGCAGUUACACCUUCAGGACUUUCAAGAUAUUCUGCCAGAAGCCCAGGAUUAUUUUCCAGAAGCACAACAGGAUUUGCUGGAAUCCAAGGGUAAUUUGACAGAAGUUCAGACUACCGAGCUGGAAGUUCAGAGUUUUGAGCCAGAUACCCAAGCUAUUGAGCCAGAAUGCAAGUUUGUUAAGCCAGAAGGCCAAGCUAUUGGCCCAGAAGGCCAGGCUGUUAAGACAGAAACUCAGGGUGUUACGCUGAAAGCCCAGCAUAUUGAGCUAGAAGAUGGGAGUAUUGUGUUGGAAGCUCAGGAUUCUUUACCUGUAAACCAGACUUUUCUACCUAAAGAUCACCAUGUUCUGCUUAAAGACCAGAACAUUCUACCUAAAUGUCAGGAUCAAGAUUUUCUACCUAAAGACCAAGAAUUUCUACCACAAGACUUUUAUGUUCUCCUCAAAGACCAGAAUAUUCUUCUCAAAUGUCAGAACCAGAAGUUUCUACCUACAGAUCAGAAUUUUCUCCCUAGAGACCAGAAGAUUCUACUACCCAACUACCAGGACCAGGAUUUUCUACCCAGAGACCAGUGUGUUCUAACCAAAGAGCAAAAUGUUUUACCUCAAUGUCAACAGCAGGAUUUUCUACCUAAAGACCAGUGUGGACUCCCUAAAGUCCAGCAUGUUCUUUCCAAAGAUCAGAAUAUUCUUCCUGAAGAUCAGGACCAGGAGUUUCUACCUAAAGACCAGUAUGCUUUCCCUAAAGACCAGUAUGUUCUCCCUAAAGAUCAGAUUAUUCUACCCAAAAAUCAAGACCAGGAUUUUCUACCUAAAGAGCAGUAUGCUUUCCCUGAAAACCAGUAUGUUCUCCCUAAAGAUCAGAUUAUUCUACCCGAAAAUCAAGACCAGGAUUUUCUACCUAAAGACCAGUGUGCUCUCUCUGAAGACCAGCAUGUUCUUUCCAGACAUCAGAAUAUUCUGCCCAAAGACCAUGACCAGUAUUUUCUACAUAAUGACCAGUCUGUUUUCCCUCAAGACCAGCGUGUUUUCCCCAAAGACCAGAAUAUUCUACCCACAUUUCAGGACCAGGAGUUUCUAACCAAAGAUCAGGAAAAAUAUUUCUGGCCACCAGCAUUUACUUUGACAGCUGAAAGAUGGAAAAAGGAGUGGCCCGUAAGAACCCAACAGUAUGUUUUACACAGGUGCCCAGGCCAGUCCUCCUUCAGCCAUCAGUUAGACCAAAAGGAAGAGGAAAGGCAGGAAAAAGCAAAUUUGAAGCAGCCAACAUCGACUUUGAUAGGGAGAGAGGCUCUUCCUCCGGAUGUCCAUCAGGAUCUUCUGUGCAGGCUUCAUCAGGUCUUCAUCCGGGACAAGAAAGUAUGCUUUAAGGAGCCAUGUUCUGAUAUGACAGAUGAGAAAGGGAAAGAUGACUUUUCUCUGGUGGGUUACCAGUAUGUGCCUUCUAAACCCCAGGAUCAGGACUUCAUCAGAGAUCAGGAUAAAAAUAUUAAACAACCCUCAUCUUUUAAGAAGUGGGAGAUUUCAAGAGGAGCUGCUUCUCAAGUGCCAAUGCACAGGAAAUAUGGGCGGGCCUCACGUGCUGUGACAGAUGAAAGAUGGAGAAGAGAGGUAUUUCCAGAGCACCAUGAAAUCCAGGAUCCAGGCUCUGCCAGAGAACAGGUUUAUGAUAAAUAUCAAUCAGGAUUAAGCACUGAAUGCCAAGCUCCACUGUUAUUUCAAUCUGGAGUAGAUCGAGAAGAGGAAAAGAAAGAGCGUCAAAAGCAAUACCUAAGACAUAGACGGCUUUUCAUGGACAUUGAGAGAGAAAAAGUUAAAGAACAACAAAGGCAGAAAGAACAAAGGAAGAAAAUUGAAAAAAUUAAGAAAAAGAGAGAGCAACAACGUUAUGCUGAAGAGCAGAGGAUCUUAAGAAUGAGCACUCAUGAAGAAACAUGUCCAAAGGAGAAAAUGAGUCAGAUGUUAGCCCAGUUACAACUUGAAGAAACAAAAGGAGCCAGAGAAAAACAACAGAGAGAAAAGGAAUAUCUAAGAUAUGUAGAAGCUCUACGAGCCCAGAUCCAGGAGAAAAUGCGAUUGUAUAAUAUUACUUUACCUCCACUGUGCUGUUGUGGUCCUGAUUUUUGGGAUGCUCAUCCUGAUACCUGUGCCAACAAUUGUACUUUCUAUAAAAACCCCAGAGCAUAUACUCGGGCACUACAUUCAGUCAUCAAUUCCUGUGACACAUCUGAGGGGAACUCAGCUCUUCGAGUCGCCAUUCAUAAUUUUGCUUCUGCACACAGACGGACUUUAAAAAAUCUGUAGUAAGAAUCUGAAAUCAACUGGUAGUAUUUGGGCCUUUAUUUAAAAUCAACCCUGAGAGAGUUUUGAAGUGUAUAGGUUGUAUAAUCUGGAAGGAAAUACUGUCCCACAUGACAACUGUCUUCAUAAUUAGAUCAUAAACCAUUGUUUGUAUCCCUGCCUUAGAACCAAGAUUCAAAGUUGACUUCCAAUCCAUUGUAUUGUUUUUGUGAACCAUAUGGAGCUUAUUAUUUUAAAAAGUGAUUAGUCAGACAACUAAGAUUUCCCUUACUUUGCUCUGCUCUCAUCAGAAGAGGUCAUGAGAAAUCUUGGAGAUUAUUUCAUUUAUCAUCUUUGUACAACUGUAUCUUUGAGCCUGACAAUAUUGAAAAUGCCUGGAUGAAAAGAAGGUGAUAAAAUGCGUUUCUGAGCAUCAAUGGCCAUCUGUAUUACCACUAGCUUUUCUAAUUGUGUAUAAGAAUUAGAGAUGAACUUGAUGCCUAUUUUUUUCUCAAAAUUCUUUCUCUCCUGUUUUUCUUUUAAUUUAUUGCCUCUCUCCAUUCAAUGACAUUAGGUAUAGAACUUUUAAUUAUAUAAUUUUUAUUGCAAAAAAAGGGGAAUAAACUCUGUUUUUUGAAUACCUUUUAUGUGAAAUUAUUAUGAGGGACAUUUCAGAAAGGGAAUCUGAAGUCAAAAUGAGUAGAGUUUUUUAUCUUUAAAAUAUCUGGUGAAUGACAUGGCUAAGGGCAAAUGAAAUAAAAAUUGCCAUAGUUGGUAUGAAUUUGUUACUUCUUCAUAGUAUUUCCUGAUACAAAACAUGAAAAGGUUUAAUACUACAAAUUAAAGAUAGUUUCUUUUCCCUACUUUCUCUAAUGUACAGUGCUGAAGAUACACUUAAGUUAUGUCUCAAAAAAUGCCUGAACCUCUAGCCAGGGCAUUGAAAAUAAGAAAAAAAAAAAUACUCAAAUGACUAAAUUGACUGGUUAUCUAGCCAAGUUAAUUAUUUGAUUAUAUAUAAUGCUGAUUCAGCCUUUAAGAGUAUUAUUUUUUUUAACAGCUCUAUUGAGGUAUAAUUCACAUGUUAUAUACGAUCAUAUAUAAUUCACCCAUUUAAAGUGUAAGAUUUAAUUGUCUUCAGUAUAUUCUCAGGAUUCUGCAACCAUCAUCACUAUCAAAUUUUAGAGCAUUUUCAAUACUCUAAAAAGAAGCCCCCAUGAUCCAGCAAUUCCAUUUCUGGGUAUAGAUAUAUUCAAAAGAAUUGAAAGAAGGACCUCAGGGCGGCGCCUGUGGCUCAAAGGAGUAGGGUGCCGGCCCCAUGCGCCAAAGAUGGUGGGUUCAAACCCAGCCCCAGCCAGAAACUGCAAAAAAAAAAGUAGGACCUCAAAUAGAUAUUUGCAUACCCAUGUUCAUAGUAGAGUUAUUAACAAAACCCAAGAGGUAGAAGCAACUCAAGUGUUAUCAGUGGAUGAAUGGAUAAACAGUAUGUGGUAUAUUCAAUAGAGAAUAUUAUUCAGUCUUAAGAAGGAAAGAAAUCCUGUAGGACAAAUACUGUUAUAUGAGAUGCCUAAAGUUGUCAAAUUCAUAGAGAUAGAAGAUGAAAUGGUGCUUGCCAGGCUGUGGCUGUGGGAGGAAAUGGAGAAUUUUUGUUCAGUAGGUACAGAGUUCUAGUUUUGUAGAAUGCCAAAGUUCUAGACUUCUGUUUCACAACAAUAUAAAUAUAUUUAACACUACUGAACUGUUAUAUACUUAAAAAAUGGUUACAAUGUAACCAUUGGGCAGCGCCAAAAGAGUAGGGCGCUGGCCCCAUAUGCUGGAGGUGGCGGGUUCAAACCCAGCUCCAGCCAAAAACUGCAAAAAAAAAAAGGUUACAGUGGUACAUUUUAGGUUUGUUUGUUUGUUUGUUUUGUUGUUUUUGAGACAGAUUCUCACCCUGUGCCCUAAGCAGAGUGCAGUGGGGUCAUCAUAGCUCACUGAAACUCAGACUCAGGCUGCAGGCAUCAUACUGCCUCAGCCUUCCUAUUCGCUGGGCUUACAGCCACUCAGCACGGCGCCUGGCUGGGUUUUUUAUUUUUUUGUAUCAUUGGAGUCUCACUCUUGUUCACAUAAGAAUAUCUGAUCUCAAGCAAUCCUGCCUGAGCCUCCCACAGUGCUGGGAUAACAGAUGUGAGCCACCUCGCCCGCCUAGGCUGUGGGCUUUUCCUAUAAAUGCAAUAUAUGAUAUGUGAUCUUUUGUGAUUGGAGUCUUUCAUUUAGUAUUAUAUUUUCAAAAUUCAUCCAUGUUAUAGCAUGUAUCAGUAUUUCAUUGAUUUUUACUGCUGAAUAAUAGUUUAUUCUGUGGAUAUACCACAUUGUAUUUAUCUGUUCAUCAGUUGAUAAGAUAUUUGGAUUGUUUUCACUCUUGACUAUUAUAAAUUACUGCUAUGAACUUUUGUUCACAAGUUUUUUUGUAGACAUGUUUCAUUUCUCUUGGGUAUAUAGACCUGGAAAUGGAGUUACUUGGUCCUAUGAUAGCUUUAUGUUUAACCUUUUAAGAAACCGAAAACUGCAGGUGUAGAACACCAAUGUCUUAACACUGCAAUUGGGUAAAUGAGGUGAAGGCUACGUUAAUUAGUAGGAUGUAAGCACUCCAAUUUGUACAAAUAAUCAACAACAAAAAAGAAUGAACUCGAUUUUAUCAUCUAUUACAGGGUACAUAAAAUAAUUAAAGUAUUUAAAAAAAAGAAAGAAAGAAACUGAAAACUGUUUUCCAAAGUGGCUGUAUCAUUUUACAUUCCUAGCAGCAAGUGUAUAGGGUUCAAAUUCUUCACCUCUUCACCAGCACUUGACACCAUCUGUCUCUUUCUUCCCAGAGGAUGUGAAGUGGUGGUACCUCGUUGUAUUUUUAAUUUAUCCGUUAUAUAGGGAUUCAACUUUAUUCUUUUCCAUGUGGAUAACCUGUGUCCUGGCACUGUCUGUUGAAGAGACUAUUAUUUGCUCCGUUGGAAUGACAUUAAAUGUAAGGGUUUUAUGAAUUCUCAAUUCUGUUACACUGAUUUGUAUGUUUAUCCUUAUGUCAGUACAAUCUGUCUUGAUUACUGUAUCUUUGUGGUAAGUUUUGGAGUUAAGUGUAAGGCUUCCAACUUUGUUCCUUUUUAAGAUUAUUUGCUGUUCUGAAUCCCUUUCUUCAUAUGAAUUUUAAGAUCCUACAAAAUCCAGCUGGAAUCCUGAUAGGGAUUAUAUUAAAUCUGUUGAUGAAUUUGGGGACUAUUGCCAUUUGAUCUGUGAACAUGGAAUGUCUUUUCAUUCAUUUAAGUUUUCUUUAAUGUCUUUUAACAAUGUUGUAUAGUUUUCAGAGUAUAAAAUUUGCACUUAUUAAGUUUAUUUGUAAGUAUUUUAUUUUUUCAUGCUAUUGUAAAUGGAAUUGUUUUCUUAAUUUUAUGUUCAGUUUUUUCAUCACAAGUGUGUAGAAAUACAGUUUGCUUUUAUUAGUUCUAAUCAUUUUUGUAGAGGGCAUCUUGGGUUUUUUUAAUGUAUGUAAAAUUCUUCACAGAUAGAGAUAAUUUUACUUCUUUCUUUUCCACUUGGACUUUUUUUUUCUUGCCUAAUUGCCCUGGCUAGAAUAUCCAGUACAUUGUUAUAUAGAAAUGGCAAAGUGAACAUUCUUGUUUUGUUCCUGAUUUUAGGAAGAAAACAUAUAAUCUUUUACCAUUAUGUAAUGGUCACUGUGGAUUUUUCUGGAUGCCCUUUAUCAGGUUGAUAAAUUUCCUUCUAUUACUUGUUUGUGGAGUAUUUUUAUCAUGGAAAGAUGUUGGAUUUUGGCAAAUGCUUUUUCUGCAUCUAUUAUCAUGUGUUGUGGUUUUUCUAUUAAUGGUAUGUAUUACAUUAAUUGGUUUUGAAGUGGUAAAUCACUUUACAUUCCUA